AUUUAAUUUACCAUUAUCAUCGCUUCGUUAAUCGAUUACAUAUAAUUUUUUUUUGGGCAAAAUAUAAUUUAUGAGGAGCAAUAAAAAUUAUCAAAGGAGAUUUGCGUGCCUACCGACAAUUCUUAAUCUUCGAUUAUGUUCGACUUAUUAUUAAUUACAACACUCAAUACCGUUGGAUCCGUUUGUUUAAUGUCCUUCCUGUUGAUCCGCGAUUUCAUUAGAGUAGAGUAUAAUUGUUAUGUCACGAUUGUACGUAAGGUUUAAGAGCUUGGAAUUAAAUUAACGCUGCUAAUGUGUGUUUGCCUAUUUGAGUGUGUGUUUGCGUGAAUGUGUGUUUUGAUAACACAAUUUAUUGCAGGGGGCUUAAAGAUAAAUUCUAUGCAAUAUGUCAAAAAAUUAAUCCACAAUUUAUUUAUUUAUAUGCUUUGCUAUUGUUAUCUACAUCAAUUCUUUAAUUAAUGUUCUGCUUUGCCGGAUCAUUCGCUCCUCAGUAGCGCAUAGAAUAACAUGAUCCGGUUCAUUUGAUCCCCAAUAAACGUAUCGCUGGAUAGUUUAGAAGCAUGGAUUAUAUAAAGAAGAAACUUAAUAGUAGGGAGGCUAGCAAGAAUCCUUUCAAGGAUAACUUGGAGAGCGAUGAGGAAUACAAAGAAAGAUGGUUCUCCAUUUACGUAAUCUAUUUCACUACGUUCUUGAUGUCCCUAGGCUUCAGCAUCGUCGUCACAGGAGUCUGGCCCUAUCUGGAUAAGUUGGAUCCGACGGCUGGUAAACCUUUCAUGGGUUACGUUGUUGGUGCCAAUCCGUUCGGACAGAUGCUCUUCUCUCCUCUUCUCGGAUGGUGGAGUAACAAACUAGGUUCUAUCCGUAUGCCUUUGCUGGUGACAUUGGCGGUUUUCGCUAUUGCCAGCUCGGUUUAUUCAUCUUUGGAACUCUUCACGAGUUAUCGCAAGUACUGGAUGUUGGGAGCCAGGUUUCUAGUUGGAGUUAGCUCAGGAAAUGUCGCUGCUUGCAGCUCGUACGUUUCCGCAGCAACCAGAGUAUCGGAAAGGCGUAAAGCUGUUUCCAUGGUGUCUCUAGCACAAGUCUUGGGUUUCGUUGUUGGACCAGCCGUUCAAGCUGCGGUCGUGCCAUUCGGCGAUGAAGGAUUCUGGUUAAUCCAAGAUCGUUUGAGGCUCAACAUGUACACGGUUGCAGGAUGGUUUAACGUAUUUUUGUCGGUCAUCAAUUUCUGCCUGUUCUUGCCGAUGGUCUUCAACGAACAUAAGAUCGCCGCGAAAGAAGCCAUGAUGUUACAAGGCGUGAAAACAGAAAAGGAGACUUGGAAGUCCGUUAAAGUCGAUAAAGCCGCAACUCUCACGCUGAUCUUACUCAACUUCGUCCUAAUCUUCAAUUUCAUGAUCAUGGAAACGUUAGGAACUUCCGUUGCGAUGGAUCAAUUCGCUUGGACGAAAGGUCAGGCCAUCUCUUUCAUGGGAGUCCUCCUCUCGGUGGGAGCUCUACUCACUUGCGCUUGCUUCGUCAUGAUCAAUCCGCUUUGCAAGAGAUUCUCCGAAGCGCAGGUCAUGAUUUGGGGCGGAUUUCUCUUGAUGGCCAUAGGAAGAAUAUGCUAUUUACCGUGGGGAAGCGCACCUCCAACCACAAUAACAGAUAUGGAGAAACUGGACAUACUAAAAGAGUUGCAGAUGUGCAAAUUGGGUACAAACACGACGAAUUGCGAUCUGAUUGGCGAACCGGUCGGUUGCCCUGUGCAAAGCCAACCCUGGUGCGCGGACGAGAACAAAAUAGUCGUAGCCCAAUUCGUUAUAGGCAGCUUAAUAGGAACUUUGGGAUUCCCAGUUGGUUUAACGCUAUUGCAAACAAUAUUUUCAAAAUUGUUAGGCUCAAGACCUCAGGGAACUUGGAUGGGAAUAAUGACAGGAUCGGGAAGUUUAUCCAGGAUCUUAGGACCGGUCCUCAUGAUGCAGAUCUAUACUAGUUAUGGACCUUCGUGGACUUUCGGAGUAACAUCAUGCAUGCUCAUAUUAUCCGUCGUUUGGCUGUACUACAUAUCAGACAGUUUAGUGGUAGAGCCUAAGGAGACGAAGGACGUGGAGAUGGAGGCGCUGAACGAAGAGAAGUCUGAAAAAAUUGAUGAGAAACUUGAUAAUAGUAUCAAAUAAAUUAUAUUUAUAAAAUAUGUACAAAAUGAUAAUAAUGUGUGUAAGAUUUCGAUAUUGUAUCGUGGGAAUUAAAUAAAUCACAGUUUAUUUAUUUUUGA